AUGUCUGGUACAUUUCUCGUCGCCGGCGCCACUGGCAACACGGGACGAGGGGUCGUCACAACGCUAUCGGAACUUCUCAAAGAGAACAAGACCUUCUCAGACUACAAGAUUCUUGCUCUGACACGAUCAGCCAACGGAACUGCCGCUCAACAACUCGCUCGCCUGCCAAACGUCGAGGUCAUUGAACAGAACUGGGUCGAGAUCACCGCAGACUGGCUCCGAGAACGGCACGUCGUCAGAGCUUUCAUCGCCUCGCAUAACGAACCCAAUCAAUUUGCCGAAGAGUCGACAUUCCAUAUCGCUGCUCUCAGCGCUGGCAUUGAGUACGUCGUGCGUAUCUCAACCACCGCUGCAAACGUCCGUCCUGAUUGCCCCGCCUACUAUCCCAGGACGCACUGGGCAAUCGAGACCUUGCUGAGUUCGCCCGAGUUUGAUGCACUUAAAUGGACUUCAUUGCAGCCUAACGUCUUUACCCAAUUUUGGCUUGGUCCUGCUGCUAGCUUGAUCAAGACAUUCCGCGAGACCGGGAAGCAAGAGCCGCUGAGGCUCAUGGCUUCAGAGGAUGCAGCCGUCGGGCCCAUCGAUUCCAACGAAGUCGGAGUCUUUGCAGCUCACCUCUUGGCUUCGGAGGACAUUGAUUCCCACAACAAGGCGAAAUAUGUCUUGAACGGGGCCGAGGAUAUCACUGGACGUCAGAUUGUAGAUCUUGUCGAGGAGUACAUCGGCACCAAGGUUGAGCAUGUCGUCUCCAAGGACAUGUCAUUCAUUGAACAUGCCGCAGCCCAGACACAGCAUUCAAAGAAUGUCAUCUUGUCGAUCAAGCAUGCUCCUGAAACUGCAUGGGAAGGGAAAUGCGGAGUUGACACCACAAGCAAGGAAGUCCUCCAGAUUGCUGCGCCCAAGAAGACGCCUGCUGAGAUUCUCAAGGCAUUGAUUCAAGGUCCCUAG